UAUGAAUCUUCUCUAUCAGAAUGAAAAUCAAGGUACAUUUGUUGAAAAUGUAUUUCAAGUUGGUUUUGGUGAUAAAUCAGUUACAAAAGGAGUGUCUAUGACGAAAGUGCCUAUUGUUAGAACGAUUGGUGGCCAGAAAACAAAUAUCUUCUUUUUAGAUUCCCAAGGUCUCUUUAGCACUGAUUUGAUUAGGGGUGACAAUUUAAUAGUUUCAUUUCUUUUUUCAUUGUGCUCAAUUGUAAUUUACAAUGCUGAUAAAAGAUUAGCAAACAAAGAUGUUGAGACUAUAAAUGUCAACAGCGUACUUGGUGUUGUUGAUAAUGAACAGCUUCAAAAAAGUAAAGAGACUACAUUGGUUGUUGUUCUUAGAAAUAGAUCAACGGAAAAUACCUCAAGAUAUGGAAAAUUUGAUGCAGAAUUAAAAAGUAAUUUUAUGGCGCUCAUUGAGGAAGAAAGACAAAGAGAAGAAGAGAAAAGGAGAUUGUUGAAAGAAUACCAAAAAAUAGAGCAGGAACAGAGGAAAAAACUAUUAGCAAAACUGGGGGAGGAAUUUAAAUUGAUGUUAGAACAUGAAAGAAUUAGAGAAGAGAGACAAAAGCAAAAAUUUGAAGAAUUGCAGGAAAAUGAAAAAUUGUCAGUGACAGACUAUAUUGAAGGUGGAGUAAAUCUCAUUGGCAUUGGUUGCCAACUUUUGUCAAUUUUUCUAAAUGAUUGA